AUGGCUGACGACGAAAAUAUAGGAACUUUGGAAGAAGAAUGUUUAAAAAGAAAAGAAAGAUUAAAAGCUCUCAAAAGAAAGCACAAUAUUUCAGAUACCUCCGAGGAAUCUACCACUAAUAAAUCUAUUGAUUUACCUAAAAGCUAUAGACCACAAGAUGACAAAUUAAAAGAACAAAUAAUUGAAGACUCUAAACCUGGAGAUGUGCUUGUUGAAGUUAAGGACCAACUUGAAGCUGCUAAAGCUAAAGUUGUAAUUGAAGAAUUAGAUAUUUCUAAUUUAGCUCCUCAAAAACCAGAUUGGGAUUUGAAAAGAGAUAUAUCUAAAAAGCUUGAAAAAUUGGAAAGACGAACUCACAAAGCAAUCGCUGAAUUAAUACGAGAAAGACUGAAAAAUGAAGUAAAAACUUUAGAUUUGGCAACAUCUGUCGCUCUGGGUGCUGAAGCUGCUCAAACAGAAUCAUAA